AUGUCGUCCAACGUCGUUGGACGUGAAGACUGCACCAAUAGUAAUGGCGGCCGAGUUCAACAGAUGUUGGGUUGUCGGAGUUGGGAACAAGUUGCAAGUGACAAUGGUGACAACUGUUUCCUCAUUGUUUCUACCACCCUCCACGGACAACAUGGCCCACCCAACGCAGAGCCCACGUACUUAAUCGCUCUUUCCCCAGACCCAAUCGACUAUGCCAACGUAACCAUUUUGAUCAAUGUCCUCCGCACAACCACUUCGAAUGAACAAAUAUUCGCAGACAAAUGUGAUGUCUCUUCACCCACCUCCAUACGCUCUUUCUGUACCCGAUUUCUCACCAGACAAGGUCAGAGAAUCGGCACUAUCAUUUUCGCGCACGAGUACCACCAAAUUGGCUCGUUCGUCUCACGUUUGGACAAAGAAAAGGAGCGAAAUGCGGGUUCUUUAGCGACAUUCUUGAUCACCACGCUGCUAUUGCCAGCGCUCCCGGUUGCUCCUGUGGAACGGGACAUUCGAACUAUCAACGUCGUCAACCCAUUUUAUGCAGCCGCCGCUACCCUCUUACCUCUUUUCGAUUUCCCAAAAGAUGCACUCCCAUCUGCACAGUUACCUGAACUGGAAGAAGGCUCGUCCUCUGUCCCUGUGGUCAACACUAAAGCGCAAAAUCCUCCCAUCGUUCGAAUCUUCUUCACGUCCCCAGAAAUAGCUAUGCAAUCCAUGCUACACGCCCUUUUCAUCCCAACGCCAUUCAAAGUCCCCAUGCAACCGACCCAAGUUCCCGAUGCAAUGCCUCAGAAGUGUUGA